GAUGUGAUCUUUAUUCAUUUAUCUCAUUCUGAGGAUCAUUAAGUUUUAUUCGUCAAUUAUUUCGCAGAGAACGAAUCCACGAGAAUUAUAGUGAACUACAACGAGAAUAUGAUGAACAAAAAGAUACAUUGGAUGAAGUGAAAAGAAAAGAAAAAGAGGCCAAUAUAGCCCUGAAGAAGUCCUUACAAGAGCAACGAAUAUUACUUAAGAGAUUAGAGACGGCCGAAUUAGAGGUUGUAAUGGAUAUGAUCGUUUCUGUAGACGAGAAAAAUCUUAUGAAUUCAUAAUUAGAAUUUUUCGUGCACUUGCAAUUAGGUGCUACAAAUUACAAAUCUAAAGGAUAAAUUAAAGGAAGUUACGAAUGAAAGAGUCGAGUCUAUGAAGAUGAAUGCUGAAUUAGUCGAAAAAUUAGAGAAAAAUCAUAUCGAGUACGAAUCGUUGCUUAUAUCAAUUGCAAACUUGAAAAAGGCAAAUGAUAAUCUUCGAAAUAAUUAUGAAGCUCGCGAAAAUGUAAUUAAAAUGCUACGUGAAAAUAAUCAACAACUAGAAGAGGAAAAUACGGAAUUAAAAUUAUUACGAAGCGUGGAUACCCAUACUUCUAUUGACCGACUCUCACAUUCCGACGAGGAAUCAUAUUGCACGAUACACGAUUCUCCCUACACUAUAUUUAACGAUUCAAACCAUCAAGAUUCCCUCUAUGACGAAUUGAAAGCAUCUGGUUUUGCGAAUAUAUGCAGCUGGAAUGAUACGAUAAGUCGCGAAUUGAAAAAGGAAGUGCAAUGGUACGAAUUAGAAAUUCAUAAACUUAUACAACAAACCGAAAGUAUUUUCCAACAAACGUUGGUAUUGACACGAAACGAGAAAUGUGUUAAUGUUAAGCACAAUGUAAUUGAGAGCUCUGAAAAGUUGAACAAUUUGGAGAUACUUAGACAAAGAAUACAAAUUCUACUGGAUACGGUAAACGCAAAGCCCCCAGAAGCAGGCUUAGAAACCGAUAUUCAAAUACAAACACAAAACUCUAGAUCAAGAAUAAAUGUGUGCGAUUUGUCUACUUUCAACUCUAACGAAGAUCAUGUGGAAUAUUUUUCAAAAAAAGAUCAAAUAAUUACGUCUUACGACAAUAUCUCGAAUGAAAAGCAAGAACCUAAAGUAAUAAUGGUGCCGGAAACUAGCACUGUCAAUCCAAUCAUACAAACAUUCCAUCAAAAUGUUCGACCUGUUACCAAUUCGCACCCAAGUCCAACCAAAAAAUCAAUAAAAAACGUCAGUUUAAUUUCAUUGGAAAAAAGAACGAUUCCAUACACAUCAACGAAGUGUCAGGAUACCACUAACGAUGCUUCCAAAAUAAAAUACGAUACUUUUUGCCACAGUAAUGGAAAUAGUACGAAGGAAAAUGAAGAACUACAAUUUAUGGAUCAUUUAUCCUUACCAAUAAACUUUCCAACUACAUUCCAACCAGUUACUAUUAAAUGCAAUCGUAAAUCAAAGUCCGAAUCUAAUCUACUUCCUACAAAGAAAACUUUAUCUUCUCGUUCGCUUAAUGUUAUUAUUCCAUUAUCAGGAACGGAGAAAAUGAAUGAGACUAUUGAAAUAAGAAAAUCUUUCGACAACUCAACUUGUGAAGAAACAAAAACAGAAAACAAAUUUCAGAGAGAAUUUAAAGAAAAGAAUGUGGAAAAUGUAACAAACUCUUAUGAAUACAAAUUCGGAGGUACUUAUAGGUCUUUGAAUGAUAGUAGUGAUUCUUCGGUUAGUUCAUCAUCUCUUCGAUCUGAAAACCUACUCUUUGAAGAUUUUUCUCUAGACGGAUUAGAACAAUGUCUAUAUGAAUUAGAACGUCCUGUCCUGAUGGCUCCUAUGAAAUUGAAAUUACCGUUAAAUAAAGUUACAUCAUUGAGCAAAGAGCCAUAUCUUACAGAAGGAAAUUUCAAUGCAGCGAGUAAUAAUACAUUGAUUGAUAAUACGAAAAGUGAAUGUAAUCAUGAACCAAAACAAGAUGAAAUGACGACAAAUUUCGAAGAAGGCAGUUUAAUUAAGAGAAAUUGUAAUAUUGUAAGCCCUGAUAAUUAUCUAAACAAUAUCGAUAAGGAAAUCUAUUCGAUCAAUGGUGAAACGUAUUUAAUAGAUAAAUCAACACCAAAUCGUUACUAUAGGACAUCUAUGAACUUUAGUAAUUUUUCUAAUAUUGAUCAAGAAAAUAAUACGGAAAUCCAUGUACCUGCUGCAUACUCAACACCGAUGCGCAUCGAUUCGAAAGAUAAAAGUAAGGUUCAUAGAUGCGAUAUACAUUUCUAUAAUUACUAUAGACAAUUUGCCAAUUUAAAAAUGUCCAAGACAAAAAUACCUAUAUUUAGGAUAUACGAAGAUCCUUUGAAGAAGAUGAGAAUAGGAAACGAAUGGAUAAAAAACGUCGACACUGAAAAUAAAAACAAUAAACUUUCGAUUUCGCUUAGUAAUUUAGAAAAUGUUGUGUAUACGAAAAGGAAGGAGAAUAACUCUGAGUAUUCCGUAACUAAAGUAGCACAGAAAAAUAAUACGGAAAAAGGUAUUAAUAUUGCAAAUAAAAGCGAAAAAGAAAUCGUGUCAACGUCGUUGGAUGGUGAAAAUCAAACGUAUGAUAGCAAAGAAAAUUUUCAUAAAUUACAAGAUUGUAAAUUCGAUCGUUUUAACUUGACUAAGUUGAAUAUUCAGAAUGACGAAGUAAUUGUCAAAGAAACAGAAUUACGGUAA